UGGAGGCUCUGCCGCGUAAGGCUGAAAUGCUUCUCUUCCUGCAGACCAUGGGGGCUGAGCUGAGCGGUGGCCAGGGCGCCCCAGAGCCGGCGCAGCCCCAGCCCGCAGCACAAACGGGCCCGGAGCAGCCCGCGCCCCAGCCGCAGCUCGGACCUUGGGGGCCGCUGGAUGAUGUGCGUUUCCUUAUCGUCUGCACCUCCUGGUACUGACGGCUGCUGGCCGGAAGAUGCCGCCCGCUGCCUCGUUCUCCCUGUACUUGGCUUUCGGGACCUGGCUCCCACCAGUGUUUCAGAAGGUCGCAGGGGACUUGAAGGAAGGUCCAGCAGGGCUGUCUCCGGGACAGGAACUGCCUCAAACCCUGAACGAGUGCACCUUCCAGCCUGCACCCAUACCCGGCUUGGCUCAGACCUGCGUGCUCUCCCCACCCCAGUGCUUCAAUUGUGUGGGGGCCUAGGGCAGCUUUUCCUGUGUGCAACAUUGGCAGGUCCGGCCUCCUGGAAGUCCUGGGUGUGACACCAUGUCCACAACCGCUCACCGAGAGGGGGUUGUUAAAUUUGCUGGCUUGGCAGGUGACCUGCAGCAAGCAGCACUUUGUUCUCCCAGAGGGCCACCCUUGGAACCUCGCAUGUGUUCCACACCCCAAAGAAAACGACAUGAUUCUGUAUUUGUUUUAUUUAGAAAUGUUUUAAAAAACAUUAUACAAAGGCUGAUCAGUUUAAAAUGUGACCGACACUGAAAUGCGGUGGCAUUCCCCAGGCUGAGGGGAAGCUGGGCUCUGGGGCCCCUCUGCCUGGCUGCCCUGUCCUGGGUGAUGGACACACAGAAGACCAUAGGCAGGAAAAUCCAGGGUUGGAAGCCUCCAGGCUGAGCCCUCUCCAGGCCUCGUGGCUCUGCACCCCUCCCUCCCAACAGGUGCAGCCACGGCCUCCUACCUUCAUCUCUUGCGCUUUCUCAGCUGGCCUAGGUAGUACCAGGGGCCAGUGGGGAGCCCAAGGGCGCCUAGAGCGUUCCCAGAAGUGAGAGCACCAACCUGAGGAGUGGACAGGGACAAGGGAGGCCAGGAAAAGAUGGACAGAGGAGAGAAACCUCUGCUGCUCCCAGACCUUGGACGGAUUGGAGGAUGGAAACAGGUCCCGGCCAUUCUGGAGUGGCCUGGGCAAGUUGCAGAACCCUUCUGAGGGCGCGGUGCACAGGGAGAGCUGCCCUUGGCCUUUCAGGGCCCCACGAGUUUGAUGGGAGUGGACAGUGUAAGCUAAUAAAGUGCUUUGCAAAGUAUAAAACACCA